GGAAGCGCGUGAGGCCGGGGCGCGUUUCCGGUGCGGGCAGUCGCAGCCGGAGUUAAAGACUUGUCAUCUGGAGGGGUGAGAGGGGUUCGGGUGCUGCGGGGAAAGGAGGACCAUGGCCAACAGCGAGCGCACCUUCAUUGCCAUCAAACCUGACGGCGUCCAGCGGGGGCUUGUGGGGGAGAUCAUCAAGCGAUUUGAGCAGAAGGGGUUCCACCUUGUUGGGUUGAAAUUUCUGCAGGCUUCCGAGGACCUUCUCAAGGAGCACUACAUUGACCUGAAGGACCGUCCCUUCUUUACUGGCCUGGUGAAAUACAUGCACUCAGGACCAGUGGUUGCCAUGGUCUGGGAGGGACUGAAUGUUGUAAAGACGGGCCGCGUGAUGCUUGGAGAGACCAACCCUGCAGACUCUAAGCCUGGGACCAUACGAGGAGACUUUUGCAUCCAAGUCGGCAGGAACAUCAUUCAUGGCAGCGACUCUGUGAAGAGCGCAGAGAAGGAGAUCAGCUUGUGGUUUCAGCCUGAGGAGCUGGUGGACUACAAGAGCUGUGCGCAGAACUGGAUCUAUGAGUGACAGGCGGGCCCCCACUUUCCUACCUGCUUCCCUCCCCUUGUUCUCGCAGGCAGGGGACCAGCAACUCUAUUUCUGGAACUUCUUUGACCUGGAAGGAACCUCUGGGAGCUGUGCCCCCCUGUGCAGUGUUAACGGCCACUGGUAGAUUAAAGUGUUUCCUCUGCACUGCUGUACUGCUGCAUCGCUCUUACCCCUCUUCAGUCUGGAUAACCUGAGCAGACAGAAUGUAAACGUUAUGCAAAUUACUUAUUUUGGCCUCAGAUUUGCACACAGAUUCUUUUCAUUGUCCUUGUGGUUUGAGCUGCUACCCUGGGACACUGGCAUUUCUUUGCCUAUCUCCCUUCCUCUCAUUCCCUGCAUUCUAUUUGCUCCUGGCAGUCAGCAAUUUCUGUGGAGGACAGGUGAAGUUGUUAAAAUUGUUCUGGGGACAGAGAAUUCAUCAGAAAUAAAGAUGCCAACCCAA